GUUAAACAGUUGGAUCAUGCAACUGACUUUGAUAUUUGGAUUAAUCGAAAUAACAGUGGCAGGUCAGUUAUGUAUGAACUGCAGGGACUUAAACAGCCCCCACGAAUGCUACUUGGUGACCAGAUGUGGGAAUCACCAGCAAUGCUACAUUGAAAAGUAUGUUAGACACAACGCCAUUUAUUAUGACUUGGGAUGUAAAAGUAAUGUUGUCUGUAGCAGCAUAGGUGGACCUCAAACAUCAAUAGUUGGAAGAAGGAACGUUAUGGUCAAGGAAGGUGCUCCCGAUUCGUUUGAAGUUGAUUUUGAUGAGGAUGACGACGGUAGAUUUCCUGUUUGUGAAUCUUGCUGUAACACUACUGCUUGCAACAACGGAGGUUCUUGUGGAGUUGCAGAUUAUGAUUAUCACAAUGGACGCAUGUGUUUCAACUGCAAAGAGUUAUCAAAUCCCAACGACUGUGACCAAGUUACUUGGUGCGAUCAAGAUAGUCAUUGUUACACGAGCGAAAUCACGUCUGGUACUGGAACAGCUAACAGUCACAAAAUAUACCAUUCUGCAUGUACUGGACAAUCAAGGAUGUGUGGGUACUCCGAUGAGAAUUUUAAGUAUAGCUGUUGUCAAACAAAUCUGUGUAACAACCAGAUCAGCAGUCAGCAAUCUCAAUUCGUUCCUAUUCCUACGACAAAAACAACAACGACAACAAAACCAACAACGACAACAACAACAGCA